AUGCGAUUCAUUGCGACCAAUACGUCCAUCCCCGUACCUAAGAUAUAUUUUGCAGGGACAGCUGAUGAAAACCCGACUGGUUUGGGGCCGUUCAUAAUCAUGGAGUAUGUUCAACACAAAUGCACCAUGUCUGAGGCUCUGAAGGAUCUAUCAUUGGGACCAGAUGAGCCCCAUAACUCUACCCCAAUAUUCCGGAUGAAUAACUCAUAUUUCUCUACCGGGUAUCGUCAAAUGGCCAACAUUCUACUCCAGCUCUCACAAUUCAAAUUUGACCAAAUCGGUUCGCUAGUUCAAGAUAAACAAGGUAAUUUCUCUGCUUCUGGGCGACCUCUCAUACAAAAUAUGAACCCCAUCAUCGAAUUCACUGAUGCUCCUCCACAACUACUUCCCUCAAAACCGUACAGCAACUCUGGAGACUGGUACAAAGCCUUUGCAGACAUGCAUCUUCUACAAUACACCUUUCAACAUGAUGAUGCGGUGAAGGAAAAUGAUGGUGAACAGAACGUCUAUGACACCUAUGUUGGGAGACAACUUUUCCGAAAUAUUGCUGCAGACGGACGGCUGGCCACCGGGCUUGGAGCCCAAAAGGGGAAGGCUGAAUAUGUCUAG